AUGGUCUCCAGUGCUCGACAUGCAGCGGACCACUACGACGGUUUUCACCGGCCAUUCUUCAUCGUCUGCUGGAUCGAGUUCAUCGUGGCCAUCCUCCUUCUCUAUGCGAGAAGCUACACCGCAUUCCGAAUCGUCCACCGCAUCACGGCGGAUUUCUAUCUCGCCGUCAGCACCUUCAUUCUAGGCGUGGGUAGCAUGUCGAUGCUCACAGUAGCAGCGGCGUAUGGCCUGGGCAUCACAAUGGCUCUAUUAUCGCACAAAGAGCGCGAGUCGGCCCUGAUGUACGGAUGGAUCAACCAGUUCAUCGCACUCUUUGCAAUCGGCGUGGGAAAGCUCGCGAUUGUCUCGUUCCUGACGCGCGUCCAGGGCUACCAAACAAGGCUCCGUGCCAUUGCGCUUUGGACUCUCGCCGCCAGUAAUCUGCUGGUCAAUAUCAUAACUGCUAUCCUGAUCAUUGUGCAGUGCUCUCCCGUGGAGCGGCUCUGGGAUGCGCAGGUCCCGGGUCAAUGUCCGGGACGUACACGAAUCCAGAUAUUCGGGUUUUUCCAGGCAUAUUCGGCGUUCGUCGACUUCGCUCUGGCGCUGUACCCCAUCCUUAUAUUCUCCCGGGUGCAGGCUUUCUCCAUCCCGACGAGAAUAGGCCUGUGCGUGUUGAUGGGGUGUGGCUUAGCCGCCGGGGCCUGUGCCAUUGUCAAGACGGUCAAGCUGACGCUUUUGAUACGGCUCAGGGACCCAACCCGCACUCUCGCUGACGUGAUAUUGUGGAACGAGUAA